AAAGCGGAGUCCACAACUUGCCCGCCCUAGGAAGCUAUCAAGUUUCGGCACCUCAUUCAAACACUCACCGCUCACAGAAUCCAACCAGUAGGUCUUGCGCGCCGUGGCCAGAGCCAAGUAGGGAGCCCUUGCACUGUCGGCCACUCUCGCUCUUAUCGGAUGGCGGUGGGACCACCCCAUCUUCCGGGCCUGUACGCUCGCGGCAACCCAAGAAUCUUUGCAGAAUGGUGGAUCGUGUGCCGCUUACUUUGUUGCCAGAAAGCUCCGACCCACGCAAGCGCCGACUCAAAUCGCUGGACGACAUUGUCGCCGAGGGAUGGAGCAUGACAUCUCCCUCCAACAGUGUGUCCACCGACCCGAGGUCGACGCACUCUAUGAGCCAGUCAGGCUCGAGCUCCGAAGUCGAGCUUGGAAUUACAGCCAAAAGGAGAUUGGCCAACUCAAAUCCGCCUGGGUAUAACAUGAUUCCGGCAAUUCCGUCUCGUCUUCUUGCGGAGCACGCUCGUCAGAGGCGCGCAGAGGCGCAGUCGGCGCAAUCUAUAGAAAUGACGAGUUCCUCCAACCUCAACGUUUCCACCCUCGCAGAGAUGUUGCAGAAAUCGCUCACGAUAUCUGAACCAGAGGAUGGGCACACUUUCCAAUCAAACAGCAGCGAGCUGGAGUUUGACCUCGACUUUGAACUCGACGGCGACACUAUGUGGUCGGACGAGGGCGUAAUUGGAGACGGAAGCUUCCGUGACUACCGCGGCCACCAAUGUACACUCGUGUGCCAGCGUCUCCUUGAGCCCAGUGGUUCGAAGGCCCGAUGCACGGCUAGCGCGAACAGUGAGCCCGGGGACCAGAACGAGAUGGGCGAUGCACACUCGUCCCACAUACUCGACAUCGAUCGUGCGUUCCGCCGCAGUCGUUCUUUCACCCUGGCCCCUCAAGGGUACGUUCACGUCGACGAUGCGGCACGCAUCAGCGACCAAUCUUCGAGCAAUUUUUCCACAGCCUCCUCCUCUGACUCCUGGUGCGUCUCCGGCCCGAGGGCGGACGGUGGAGGCGGUGGCAGUGAUCACAACCACCACGAGGGCUCGAUCAACCGGUUAAUCGGGCCGGGUUGGAGUCCACAUGCGUCGCCAGGCUCAUGCAGCUCCAGCCCGCGCUGGGCCCCGGACCCAUAUGAGUGCGGUCUGCCAUUGGCGACUAUUACGGAGGCAAGCGAAGAGGACUCGCCCACGCCUCAGACGCGAUUCUGGUCCACGCGCGAGUAUCUGUCUUCGGUAGCAUCGGCGCACAAAGACCAGCGCUGAUCCGCAAGACGGCAACCGAGUGGGAGCCGAGUGUUGGUUCAGUACAUACUUGUCAAGGUUUGCCUGUCAUAACAUUGUAGAGGCGCUGUUCCUGGGUAUCUGUUGAAUAUCACAGUCGCGGCCGUGUCAAUACCGUGGUCUGUAACGGUAAAUCAAUGACA